CUCGGGAAUGGGAGCGAGAUUGAGUGUGGCUGGUAAGCACUACAUGACUCUACAGUAUCGAGUCUGCAAAUUUCUUCGGACUAUACCGCCGCCACAAGGCUAUUGUUUCGAUUGUGGAUAUCUUUUCCACAUGAAAAUCACAAGGCUGAUUCUUUUCAUACGAGACUUUUCGAGACUCCUCUUUCAACGGCCCUUUUUAUUUUCGUCCAUAUCCAUAAUAAUAAUCUCCACUACAAAUCCAGAACUUCUUCCAACUCAACUUGAUGCUCGCUUGACACAAGGGAUCCAGUGUUUCGUCCAAUUUUUCUCCGUCCGAGGUUUUCUGGGUUUCGUUUCUGCUUCUGGUUACGUUUCCAGGAGAUGCAACUAUGGUAAGGCUGCGGUAGGGGCACAUGAGAUAAUGGGUGGCUUGCUUGCAGUGGAUGCAAGGGAGGUUUGGGAUUGGGAGGAUGACUUGUCGUGAAGGGGGCGUUAUUGGUGUACCCACCGCUGGCAGAGUUUUGGUUUCUAGGGGUCCUCUCCGCUGGGGUUGCAGUACCGCUGAAGGUGUUGUUACAGCUGCUGUAAGGCGCACAAAUCGCUGUCGAGUACCUAUUCUUCCACUUUAGCCUGAAGUCCCUUGUGGGAGGACAGGACUCGAGGAGGCUGCGCACGCGGGUGGUAUAACGACUGGAUGAAGAUACGAAGGAUGGGCGGUAUGUGUCUUAAUCCGCCUCUUUUCCAGUCAUGAGAACUAUUGAAGAUAGUAUUGAAAAGAUAAUAGGAUGGCGCAGAU